GGGGCUCCGUGCCGCGUUUGACAGCUGCGAAAGACAAAAAUGUAUAGCUCCCAUAGAGCUGCCAUACUAUCACAAGGUAGUGGGAUGCAGCAUGGCCCUUUAUAGCCAGCGAAUGUCCUCGUAAAUCUGGGCCAAUUAGAGAGCACUGAAGAAGGGCUGGUGGGUGGGUGGGGGGCGGGCGGGCGGUGUGGAAUUUCCUUUUUUAUUGUGCAUAAAAGUCUGGGAUUUUGGGGGCCAUGCAUCGCGCUUUCUCGUUCCCGGUGACUGUGGAGCGCAGUCGGACCAAGGAGCGCCUGGAGGCGAGUCUGGCCGGGCUGUGCGAGCUGGAGCUCCGCAAGCAGCGGCAGGAGUGCCUGGUGCUGGGGGCGCUGGCUCUGGGAGACCCUCUGCUCGAGGACCGCUCCAGAGGAGAGCUGGCGUGUUUCAGCAGCUGGGGCCAGGAAAACUUGACACUGAGGCGCCAGCUGAGUGCCCUUCAGAGUUCCCCAUGGGGCCUGAUGCAGGCGCUGGAACAGCAGGUGGGAGAGCUGAGGAUCGACACGGACGAUGGCUGCCAUGAUGGCGCCCAAGGAGACGCAGCCGACAGUCGGCCCAGUUCUGGUUUCUAUGAGUCGAGUGAGGGUCAAUCGCCUAAAGGAAGAUCUUGUUCCACAGAGCCCACAGAGACAGUCCCCCCCUGGGCAUACACCAGCGACAGACCAAAGUCUGUGGGAGACCCCCUAAUAAUGACUGCAGAAAUGGAUGUGCCAGUCCUACGCACCACCCUACCACGCUCUUUCUCUGCCCCUUACCCACCUCUGGAGGGCAUCGCCGAGGAAGGCGCAGCGGUGGACUACUGGCAGUGGGACACCAGCGGGGCCAGCGGAGCCAGCGGAGCCAGCCAAGCCUGGCAGCAACCGCCUGCAGAGGAUCAUGUCACAGAGGAGGACUACCAGCAGGCUUUGAAGGUAGAGGGUUACAUCCUAAGUGUCAUCCAGCGUAAUACCCUCGCACCACGGCCGUGUCAGCCUCGCACCACCCUGAGCCCCGACCCCCCGUACUGCGGUGCCUCAGGACACAGCUCCCUACACAGGAGAACUCCUUCUCUUACCCCAGAGCAACACUUUCCUGACCCCCACUUCCAGCCCCACGUUGACCUUUCAGCAAACCCUAAGGGCCAGGGCUGGGGUUGUGACCUGCAGGAGGGGGAGGCCUGUCGAGGAGAGGCCCCAUCUUUGGAGGAGGACUGUUAUCUUGCUCUGCCCUACCCCCAGUCCAGGCCACACUCCCUGGCCGAGAGGCUACAGUCACCUCUGCCCUCCCUGGACCCCAACUGUGGUGUCGGGGCUCUUGACCUUUAUUGUGAACCCCCAUCCCCCCAGCAUUACUUUCAUCCACAACUGCCUAUUCUUCCCAAACACAAUUUAGUAAGUGCUCAGUAUAUCCCUGGGCACGCCUGCCAUGCCCCUUUGCGCUCUCCCAGACACUACAACCCAGAGCAAACCCAGCCUAAGACCAAUCGUGUGGUCACCUCUCCUGACCACCCAAAGGCCAGAACCUCUAAGAAGAGCCACAACGAGCGACAGAGAGCCAAGAAAUCAAGCAGUAAAGCCAGUCGCUCCCAGUCUGAAAACAGCCUCCUGGGCCAGCGAGUGUUGCCAGAGCGAAGGUACAGCACCACCGAGAGGCACCAAGGCAGAGGGGAUCUUGCUCAGAACCAAGGCCAAGUCGCUGGACAAAAGGCGGGCAACGUCGGCGACAACGGGAGCCGACGUUGGUGCUCCAACCUGGAGCUCAGCCAGGACGAAGGGGAGACGGCAGCAGGGCAGUCACAUCGACGAGCACCGCGAAAGGUUCGCCCCGGUCCGUCUUGUCCCCAUUCCCAACACCAGAGCUACCACCAUCAGCAGCAGCAGCAGCAGCAGCAGCAGCAGCAGCACGCCCAGCGCUGGCACCCCGACUUCCAGGAGAGAGCACCUCUCUGUCAUGGAGAGGAAGGCUAUGCUGGCGCCGGCGCCGGCGCUGGCGCUGGCGCUGGCACCGCCCCCGCCGAGUCCGAGUCCAGCAUGAGCGAGGUGGAUUCCCCGGCCUCCAGCUCGCUGUCCAGUGACUCGGAUGAGAGCGGGGGGCUUGUGUGGCCCCAGCAGCUGCCACCGCGCCUCGCUUCUACCUCCUCCUCCUCCUCCCCUUCACCACAGGCAGCUGCCAACGCCCCCUCUCAACCAAAAGCCUUUGUCAAAAUCAAAGCCUCCCAUGCGCUCAAAAAGAAGAUCCUCCGAUUCCGCUCAGGCUCCCUCAAAGUCAUGACUACCGUAUGAGGAAAUGCUGUUUCAAACCCAUAAACGUUCCUACUGUGUUAUAAAGCCAUUGCCAGAGCCACACUGUGGCUGCGACUGUUGGUCACCAAUCAUUUGUUAACUAACCAAUCCAGUUUUGACACGCUACCUACCUCUAAUUUCAGUGUGUUCGUAGUGAGAGAUAUUGACAUUAUUGGGCAUGAUUAAAGAUCAACUGGUGGAAUUUAUCUUGUAGUUGACAGCCAUCAGCCUAAUGGGCUUUAUCCUGCUCUAAUUGGCGUGAUGUAUAGUUACAGUGUGUUGACAUGGACCACACUGACGUGACUGAAAUAUGCGGCCAGUUUGUCAGUCUUGACGCCUGUCGGCCUUAUAGUUUAUUAAUCAGAGUAAUUCAUUCCUACAGUGUAGACUUGGCCAAAUGCAAGUUUACACGAAAAUAGGAACAUUGUCAAAAGCUUCAAGUCUUGCUAAACACCAAAACUCUAGAAAUGAGGUAGAAAUAUCUUUUAAGAAAUAUGGGUAAAUUCAAACUAUUAGACCGGUCCACAAUUUCACACUAAUAUUCUUGGAAGUUUCCUGGAAAUAAUUGUGAAAUUAUUAACAUUAUUAAUAGAAUAUUCAUAAAUUAUUGGUGUGCAAGGUUAAAAUGUGCAAGGUUAUCUGACUUUCUCUGCACUGAAUACAAGCCUGGAAGUUACCAGUUAAUUGGAAUUGACUGGAGUGUACCAUUUGAUCACUUGUCUCUAUUUCCCCACAAAUCAGUACUAGAUAGUUGUUUCCGGGAAUUAUUAAGUUAUCAUUCUGAAACUACAGACCCAUGAAAUUAAGCACAAAAACAUGACUUCCGUGUGUGGUAAAACUUGAAGCUUUAGAGUCAGGAUUUGUCUUGCAGUGAUCGUGUGUCCUAUAGAGAAAAAAAAGGCAGGAGUGAACAAAUGUGUCAUAGUACAAAUCUAUGUUUACUUUUGGUUCUCCCACAGUUUUAAAAAUGGAUGGUCUGAUAAGCAGGUACUCAGCUCUGCCUCUUUGUAAACUGUGCUACAGGAACCAAUGAGCAUCAACAGGUCUGUGAGUAAGAAAUGGGUUUAGUAGAGGCCAUAGUAAGGGGCCGGUGUAUAUGCAUGCAUGCACAUACAGUACGUAUAAGUGCACAUAUUAAUUAAAACAUAGGGACACAGAAUUGGACACUCUUGUAAAUAUGUGUGUUUCUGUAUAUACCAUCACGUGGCCUUGUUUGGAAUGAAUGUAGUUUGUAAAUAAAGGCUUUUUUCUCUCUUAG